AAGGGAUUUGUUGUGUUUCUUUGGAUUAAUGUUUUGGAUUUGAGACCCGUGUAUCUGCUCUUUUCUUAUAAAAUACUCGUCGUUAACUUCCGGAAUGAGUCUGUCCCUGAGAACUGAACUUGCUGUGGACAAAACUAAACGCAAGAAAAGAAGAGAGCUCACCGAGGAUCAGAAACACGAAAUAAAAGAGGCGUUUGAGCUGUUUGACACGGACAAAGAUAAAGAGAUAGACUACCAUGAGCUUAAGGUUGCAAUGAGAGCUCUUGGAUUUGAAGUAAAGAAAGUGGAUGUGUUAAAAAUACUAAAAGACUACGACAGAGAGGGGAAUGGAAAAAUUACGUUUGAGGAUUUUAAUGAAGUUGUAACAGACCGAAUAUUGGAAAGAGACCCAAAGGAAGAGAUCUUAAAAGCUUUCAAAUUGUUUGAUGACGAUGAAUCAGGGAAAAUCAGUCUGAGAAACCUGAGACGGGUCGCACGGGAACUUGGAGAAAGCAUUAGUGAUGAAGAGCUGCGCAGCAUGAUUGAUGAGUUUGAUAUUGAUGGAGAUGGAGAAAUAAACCAGGACGAAUUCCUUGCAAUUAUGACGGGAGAAACCUAAUACUUCUCUGGAAAAUUCUGAGGACCUUUCCUGAACAGUUGUAAACCAUAUUUGAGAAACCUCCAUAUAAAAGACUUAUACAAUUGUAGAUUUUCAUGGGACUUCACCUCAUCAUUUUUAUAAUGGCAUCAUCUCCGCUGUCAAGAAAAAGUACAUGUCUUGUGUCUCAUCUCACCUUAAUUUAGCAAAGUGCAUUGUUAAAUAUUUUACAAUACCUUCUCUGGAGAAAUAUUGUGUAUAUCUG